AACCAGCAGCAAACAUACCAAGGUGUGGUGGGGGUGCAGCAGGCUCAGCCCCCCGGGCUCCUGAACAGCCAGAGGAACAACAUGGGGGGCCAGAUGCAGAACGUGAUGGGGGUGCAGCAGGCACAGCCCCCCGGGCUCCUCAGCAGCCAGAGGAGUGGGAUGGGCAGCCAGAUGCAAGGUCUGAUGGUCCAGUACACACCACUGCCUUCGUACCAGGUUCCCAUGGCCAGUGAGUCCCAGAACGUGGUCCAGCAGCCCUUCCAGCAGCCAGUGCUGGUGCCAGCCAGCCAGUCUGUGCAGGGGGGGCUCCAGGCUGGAGGGGUCCCCAUCUACUACAGUGUCAUCCCCACUGCCCAGCAGAAUGGCACCAGGUAAGGCUCUGGCUGUGCCCACUGUGCCCACAGUGGGGGUUUUGGGGUGGCCUGUCAAAGCCAGGAGUCAGGGAUCUUUGUGGGUCCUUUCCAGCUUGGGAGAUUCUGGGUUUGUUUGGUGGUUCCAUGAUGAUCCUGCUCCCGUGGGUGCCACAAGUGCUGCUCCUCCCUGAGCUUGUCCAUCCCUGGCUGCCUUGGUCAGGGCUUCCUGACCACCAGUGGGUCAA